UGACGUCAUCUACAACCACCGUCCGCCACCGUGUUCCGCCGUCCACGUGCACUCUACCACAUCAAAUACUCUUCGAAUCUUCAUCUCUUUCUCUCUUUCUCUCCCUUAGUUCAUCACAAAAACACACAUUACAUUCUCUGUUACUCACACACACACACACAUCUCUAUUUUUUCACUCUACAUCUAUAUCUCCGGCGUAUAAAGGGGGCGAAGGGGAAGGCCCUUGAUUCGGAUUCCCCACCCCUAUAAUGUGAUCUAUACCCGAGAGAUGCACGCUAAAAUCCGGCUGCCCACUAGUGGACACAAUACCCCUUCGCCACCUGCCUCCCCCCUCCGCUCCCCUCGCCUCCGCCACCCUCGCUCCGGAAAACCCUCCCCCCGAUUUGGUUUUGGUGUUUCCAACCGUUCAUUUGCUCAACGUCUUGCCUGGAUCGUCUUAUCCCUCCUAUUACGUCGCCAAGGGAUCUUCCUUUUCGCUCCUCUUCUCUACAUCUCCGGUAUGUUGUUUUACAUGGGGACUGUCUCUUUUGACGUUGUUCCCGAUGCAAUCAAGCCUCGGAGGGCUCCCGGAUCAGUCUAUCGGAGUCCCGAACUCUAUGCUAAACUUCGCCACGAGAUGGAUGCUGAUAAUUCGACUACCGAUGCGAUGUCAACUAUAUGGAAACAUGCUAAAGGUGGAGACUGGAGGCCUUGUAUAAACAAGUUUUCAGGAGGCUUACCGGAGUCGAAUGGAUACAUAUAUGUUGAGGCAAAUGGUGGCUUGAAUCAGCAGAGGACAUCGAUUUGCAAUGCAGUUGCUGUGGCGGGAUAUCUUAACGCAACACUUGUCAUUCCCAAUUUUCAUUUUCAUAGCAUCUGGAGGGAUCCAAGCAAAUUCAGUGAGAUAUACGAUGAAGAUUUUUUUGUUAAGACCUUGGAAAAUGAUGUACGGGUGGUUGACACAGUGCCUGGAUACCUGAUGGAACGAUUUGACCGCAAUUUGACAAAUGUAUUCAACUUCAGAAUAAAGGCCUGGUCACCCGUUCAGUUCUACAGGGAUACAGUUCUUCCGAGGCUGCUAGAAGAAAGGUUCAUAAGGAUUUCUCCAUUUGCAAAUCGAUUGUCGUUUGAUGCUCCUCCUGAUGUCCAACGUCUUCGAUGCUUGGCAAAUUACGAAGCUUUACGAUUUUCAAGUCCUCUAUUGACAAUGGGUGAAACAUUAGUUUCAAGGAUGAAGGAACGCAGUGCAAACAAUGGUGGCAAGUACAUUUCCGUUCAUCUACGCUUUGAGGAGGAUAUGGUUGCUUUCUCUUGCUGUGUGUAUGAUGGUGGAUCAAAAGAGCGUGAAGAUAUGAUAGCUGCAAGGGAGAGGGGUUGGAAAGGAAAAUUUACAAAGCCGGGUAGAGUUCUUCGACCCGGUGCCAAUAGGGUAAAUGGAAAAUGCCCCCUCACACCUUUGGAGGUCGGUUUGAUGCUUAGAGGAAUGGGAUUUGAUAAAAGUACAUCCAUCUUUCUAGCAUCUGGAAGAAUAUACGAUUCCGAGAGACAUAUGGCUCCUCUUCUAGAAAUGUUUCCUCUUUUACAAACCAAGGAGAUGCUCGCAUCUGCCGAGGAACUUGCUCCAUUUAAGAACUAUUCUUCUAGAAUGGCUGCUAUAGAUUAUACCGUUUGUCUCCAUAGCGAAGUAUUUGUAACGACUCAAGGCGGAAACUUUCCCCAUUUUUUACUGGGCCACAGAAGAUAUCUGUUUAAUGGACAUUCCAAGACAAUCAGACCCGACAAACGAAAGUUAGCAGUAUAUUUCGACAAUCCCAAGAUCGGUUGGAAAACAUUCAAAAGGCACAUGUUAAGCAUGCGAGCCCAUAGCGACUCAAAAGGAAUCGAACUGAAAAGGCCAAACGACUCCAUAUACUCAUUCCCAUGCCCAAAUUGCAUGUGUCGUCCAAAUAAAACGGAAGAUUCUCGAACAGCCUCCACACCAUGAUUCUAAUUCUAGAAUCAACCGGAUGAAACGGGUUUCUCCAGUUUGGCAACUUGGGUGCACAUUUUGUGAAAGCUAAGCUAACAAUGAAAUUCUUUAUUUUUUCCAUCCUCCGAGCUUAAAUGAUGAGCAUUUUGAGGUUCAACAACGAUGAAUGUAUACUGGAACGACGUGGUUUAGCAGGACAUCGAGUUGUACAUUAUUAUUCCAGAACGAGAAAAGGCCGCUGUUUUCGUUGGAUGAUGCAGACAUAAGAAGCUGGAUUGCUGCAAAUAUAUUUAACAUGGUCAUCAUGGUGGUUGAUGUUGUACCAUAGAGUGAAUUUGAUUUUCAGUUACAUAGCAACAUUGAACGAUUUGUGAUAUAUUUGGGACCCACAUAUUUUGGGAUCCCUUUUGUUAGAUUCUAUGGAUAAACAGGUUUUGUUUGUUGUGAUUAUUGUAGUGGAAACACAUCUCUUUUGAUGCAUUUUGUUA